AGUUUUGUCAUGCUUAGGCAGCAUGCUAUCUCAGCAUGACAGGCCAAUGCGUGAUUGGCUUGCCCUUCUACCACCAACUUUGGCUGUAGGAGGUAUAUCCUACUAUUCUUAUCAAACAUACAAAAAAGCGCAGUGCGCUGGCAAUGGUCAAGUGAACACAAGUAUAAGGAAGGAUAUUAAUAAAGUUGUGGAUUUCAUUGACAUUGAGGAUAUAACAGAAAAGGCGGUACUUUGCAGGUGUUGGAAAAGCAAAAACUGGCCCUAUUGUGAUGGCGCUCACGGUCCACACAACAAAGCCACCGGUGAUAACACCGGCCCAGUAGUCGUCCGGCAUAAGGAAAACAAGUAGACAGAUGAGCUCACCAGUCUACUCUACCAAUAGUACAUACCAACAGGUGAUAACAAAUGUGAUUAUUAUUAAUUCUAAAAUCGUUAAACGUUAAUUGCUUUUAAAUGUCUACAUCACGAAAGCUUGUCUUGAAUACAGUAAUGU